CAGCCAGGCAGAGUUCCAAAGUCCGCUACUGCGUGAGUUCCGGCUGGCUCUCAGCGGGGCGGGAUGGAGGCGUUCGUGCGCUUCAGCAACCAGACUCAGGGUCGGGAGCGGAUCUUCCGAGCUACUCAGUAUUCAUGCAUGCUGCUUAGCUAUAUGUUAGAACACAAGCCUGGCCAAGAGCAAGUGGUCAUGAAGCUCAAACGCCUGGAAUCGAACAUGAGUUCAGGCCGCAAAUUGUUCCGGCUUGGCAACACGGUCCAUGCCAUCGUGGCAGCAAGGCAGGCCACCCAGCUGCCCGACAUAAUCCCCCGCUUCUGCCUGAUUGCCUCCAACUUGAACCGUGCUCUCUACUUCAUCUGCGACACCGUCCUGUGGGUGAAAAGCGUGGGGAUCUUCUCGGAUAUUGACAAGAAGAAGUGGCGCAACUGGGCUACCAGGUGUUACUACUAUUCCCUGAUGGUGAACCUGGCUGAGGACAUGUACCAGCUCUGCUGGCGCAUGGAGCAUAUGGCACGAACGCAGAAGCCUGAGGAGGACUCCUCUCCUUGCCAACAUGAUGCAGAUGAUGGGCUGCUGCCAUUUCUCCUGUUUCUCUACCUCACUCUAAGGAAGCAUCCUCCUCUACUGCUUGACACAGUGAAGAACCUUUGUGAUCUCUCCAGUCCAUUGGACAGGCUGGGCAUCUACAAGGCCAACCCUGGAAUCAUUGGGCUCUGUGGUCUUAUCUCCUCGCUAGUAGGAAUCCUCACAGUCGCCAGACCCCAUCUUAAAUUGAAGCAUUGACUUUGGAUCUUCUUUGAGGGCUUCCAUUUUGCAGAAGAGCCAUGUGCCUAUUGAGCUUACUGAGCUUUCUUUCUCAAGCUUAUUCUUUCCAUUGGAUUCAGUUGCUCAGAGGUAAUACUGUGAUGACAGGGCAUUGGACAUCAGUGGUCAUUGAUGGUGGUCACUGAUGGUGGCUUGUAAUAAAUUGAGCAAAAACCCCUUUCAAUUCUCCAGCAAAAGAAAGCAAAACUGUACAGAUCUAUCACUGGUUUCAAGAUCAGUUCCUGAGUAUAGGAAUAUGUGACGUGCCACUACAUAGAAAAUCAUUGUACCUUAUGUGCCUUUGGCUGCAUGCGGUUUGUUAGUGCUGUUUUUCAGGUUACUCUGAAAAUGAGAACACUUCUCGGUCUUUGCAAAUGUUUGCCUCUGACACUGUUUUGCAAGGGGUAUGUCUGUGGGUUUUUUAAAACUUGCAACACCAGAUUUGACUUGAGGCAAUAGUGGAACAAAAGAGAGACAUUCCCUUAGGAGAGAUGAAGCUUUAUAAAAACUGCUUUGUCUCUAGCCAUCUUUUACCCUGUUGUUGCUUCCAGUCAAAAAAUAUCCUUUGGGUUAUAUUUUUUUAAAUGCAGAAGUUGUUUUGCCCUGGGUAAAGCAAGAUUAUCAUAUGGGCCAUGGGCAAAGUGCAUUUAGUAACAUUUAGAUUUUCAAUCUCAAACAGGCUCUAUCCAGGGAGAUAAAUGUUUCGAGUUACAGCUCAACAUCCAAAAGCCUGCGGGUUUUUAUUAUCUAGUAGUGACAAAGAUUCAUAGUCUGGAUUUUUCUCUUUUUGUCUUAUUCCUUGUUUUCUACAAGAAUGGACCAAUAUGUGCCAGGAGAGAGUGAUGUGACUUACAGAGUUUAAUGAUCUGUGUUUGACAUUGCUUGGAAAAGUUACUUUUUGGACUACAACUCUUAGAAGUCUUCCAGACAGCUACUGGCCAUUACUGCAGUUUACAGUUGCAUGAAAGGUACUUUUUUAAAAUGAAAAUGAAUUAAAUUACAAAUACAAGUAGAGCACAAGAGCACAUGCAAUCCAUGUUGAGACUGCAGAGCAGAGAAAGAGGCAAACCCAUACAUGUGAAAAGGCUUCUUGAUAAUUUAUUAGGCAUAGUUCACUCCUUGUUUACAUAACUCCUGAAUGCAUUUGCUGCAGCGCUGCAAAAUAAUAAAGCAUUGUUAAUUUGUGGAGCUGGAGGCUUUCAUGGCCUUCGACUUCAAGAAAAAAAAGAAAACCACUAAACAUAUUGCACAGUGGCCAAAGAAAAGCCAAAUCCCCUAAUAACCUUCCUGAAACAAAGUAAACUGUGCAAAGAACAAACACCCUAUUAUUAAUAUCAUUCAAAUAUGUAAAAGGGGCAGUGUUGUCCUCAUUACUUUAAAAAGAAAAUCCAUGGACUCCAGUUUGCUAAACCCUCAGAUUGUUUAUCCAGAACCCAGAGAUUGGAAAUAAUACAUUAAAAGUAACAAUAAUGUGUGUUUUAUUUUAUUUUGUAAAGGUAGGAUGUGAGAGCCAGCAUGGUGUAGUGGUGUGAGUAUUGGACUACGACUGGAGACCAGGGUUUG